AUGAAAACAAGUAGUGAUGUUGCGAGAGGUUCACGAUUUGCUAUCUUGGGUGUAAAAAAUAAUGGCGUAACUGAAGAUACUGCGAAGGUUCCAGAUAUAGCAACAAUUGAAAGUAUUCAUGAGAAAAUUCCAGCCAACAUCUCUCGGAUAGAUACACGAGCAAAAGGAAAAGGUACAAAAGAUAAUGGUUUAAUGGAGGUCGGUGCAAGUAGUCUGGGAUAUCCAGGUUUAAAUGGAAAAGUCACCAUUUCGGAAGACAGCCGACCUACUGUCAUAAACAAAAGCAUUCGGAAUAAAGGAAAUAAGCGAGAGGUGGGGGAUGGUUCUAAGGGACUGAAAGUGAAAAAGAAAAAUAAAGAUUUUAAAUUCCCACCGGCAGUUCUUACAGAUUGGUUGCGGAAUGCAACGCUUAGCACACAUCUGGACCGCAGAUCGCUGUAUGGAGAGGGCUCAUCCUCCUUAGGUGAAAACGAUAGGGGAGAAGGAAACUCACCUGUAGUGGGACCGUUAGAAACAGUAGCAACAGACGUUAUUUUCCCAGAUGGCGAAAACGCUAACCCGAAUUUACCCCAACCUGGAAUUGUUGCGCUGCUAGAGACUCAGAUUAGUGGUAAUGCUGCUAAGAAAGUCAUCCGGAAAUUCGGUUUUCAGAACUCUUUUAGAGUCGAAGCUUUGGGAUUUAGUGGUGGAAUUUGGCUACUUUGGAAAGAUGGAUUAAAUGUCGAAGUUUUGACUAAUUCGACUCAAUUUAUUCAUAGCAGAUGUUGGUCUGAUGUUGUAAAUAGAUGGCUAUAUUUUACUGUAGUUUAUGCGAGCCCUCAAGUGGAGAAACGAAAGCUAGUAUGGAAGCAUCUUAUGAAUCUUGAUCCAUGUGACAAUGAAGCUUGGGCAUUGGGUGGUGAUUUCAAUUCCAUUCUUCGUCUCGAGGAAAGGGAGGGAGGAGCAAGUCGUGGUUUAGGAGUUAGUAACUUGUUUGCGGAGUUUGUUUUUGAGAUGGGGUUAUUUGAAGUGGAUUAUCGGGGACCAAAGUUCACGUGGAGAAGAGGUAAUCUUUGUAAACGAUUAGAUCGCUGCCUUAUGAACAGUUGUUGGGUGGAUGUUUUCUCGGGCACUUUGGUCUUACAUCUAGACAGGGUGGGUUCGGAUCAUUGCCCUCUUCUACUUAAAUCUCAGAGUAACACGAAAGUUCAGGGGACUCGGCCUUUUCGUUUUAUUGUUGCAUGGCAGGACCACACUCAAUUUAAGAAUUUCUUGUCCGAAGCUUGGAAUAAUGAUUUGGAUGUUUUAACUAAUGUUAAUUUAUUUCAAAGUAAAGUUACUGAUUGGAAUUUGAAGUACAUGUUGAAAAAUGAACUUGAGGAGGUCCUUCAACAAGAGGAGAGUUUAUGGCUUCAAAAAUCAAGAAAUCAAUGGAUACUCCAUGGGGAUAAAAAUACUAAAUUCUUUCAUGCAUGCACGAUGCUUAGGCGUCGACAUAAUUACGUUCGUGCUCUCAAGGAAGCGGAUGGUAGUUGGAUAUCGGACCAAGUAGCCCUUUGUUCGAUGGCAGUUAAUUUUUAUAGGGAUUUAUUCACCAGUAGCUCAGCAGAUGGAGAGGGGUCGAUCACUGAUAAUAUUAUCGUUGCGCAAGAGGUAGUCCACUCUAUGAGAUUGAAGAAAGGAAAGACUGGUUAUAUGGCUAUCAAGAUUGAUCUUGAGAAAGCGUAUGAUCGACUUGAAUGGCCUUUCAUCAAUGACACAUUAAAAAAGCUUCACAUCCCGGACAAUCUUAGGAUGCUUAUCAUGCAUUGUGUGUGCUUUGGAACGGUGCUAUGUCUACAUCGUUCAACCCAUCAAGAGGGCUUCUCCAAGGUGAUCCUUUAUCACCUUAUUUGUUUGUUAUGUGCAUGGAGAGAGGCUUCUAUCGAGCAAUGUAAUGUUAUACGGGGAAUAUUGGAGCUAUUCUGCAAUUUUUCGGGACAAAAGAUCAAUAUCCAGAAAACUACUAUUUAUUACUCAAUGAAUGUGGAUUCGAGCUUGAAAAAUUCUAUCAGUGCAUCUUUUGGCUUCCAAGAGGUUCAAAAUUUGGGUAAGUAUCUUGGAGUUCCUCUUUUACAUUCUCGGAUUACGAAAUCUUCGUACAGUUAUAUUGUUUCGAGAGUUCGUGAUAAGCUCUCAGGGUGGACGGCUAAAACUUUGUCAUUGGCUGGAAGAAUUAGUUAA